CAGCCGGCAGACGGGGAGGUUGUGUUCCGGAAAGAACAGGUAGUGCAGGAGAGACCAGGGGUUGUGGCGGCAGCGAGGGAAUCAGCGUCGGUUCAGUCAGUCUCAUGACAGCUUCGUGGGGCAGGGAAGUGAGCUGUGCGCACUGGGCAGAGUCCGGCUGCUGGGAGUUUCCAUUCGGACAGGUAAAGCGAGAAUGGAACCGGUUCUGAGUCAGGAGGUUAUCACCAGCUUUCUGGUGCAAGCUGGAGGCAAGGUCAGGAACUCGGAGCUGCUGCACAACUUCAGGAGUGAGCUGGCGCCGAGCGAUCCGGAUGGGAAGAGGACAGCCAGGGAGCUCUUCAAAAAGUUCGUCAAUAACGUGGCGGUGGUACGAGAAGAGGGAGGCGUCAAGUUUGUGGUGUUGAAGAAGAAAUGGCAGCACCUGGUCACCGCCCAGGUGCCGGACAAGGGGGAGAGUUUGCGGAACCUGGUGGAAGCUGGCCGGGUUACGGAGGUCUCCCAGGGGCCGGGGGCUAGGAGGAACUCAGCCCCUUCGGCACUGACACCCAGUCAGGUUCAAGCCCUGAGCGGCUUGUCAGCUCAUAGGCAAAACCAAAAGGAUACCCCCACCGAGACUGGCUCCCUGGCUUCAAAACCUGACCCAGUGGUGGGGGAGUGGCAGAUCUCGACUGCAUCCCAGGCUGCGCACCCUGCCAAGAGCCGUAGCCUCGAACACAUCAUGGAGAGCCAACACCUGGCUUCCGAGAGUCGCCCCUUGGCACAAGAAGCUGCUGCUGAGCCGAACUUGUGGGGGGAGGCUGUUUCAACUUCUGAAUGUCCCAGCCCUUCUACAGACCAGGCUAACGCUGUGCUCACCGCUCACCCUGCUCCUGAACCUGAGCACCCGCUUUCUCUUCCUCAUUCCCCCACUGAGGACAGCACUUUAAGUUUUGAGCAUAAGGUUGGACACUACGAAGCCAAGGCCAAUGAUAUUAUCCCACAAGGAGCUCCAAAGGCAACAUUAGCUCAGAAGCCGAAACCAUAUAUGCACCCACUUCGCUUGCCUCCAGACUCCACUGGAUAUGGUAAUUGCCACAGCCGCAAACAAGACAAGGAGAAGGAGCCAGAAAAUAUUGUUCCAAGCAAGAAUAUAUGCCAAGUAGUUUCAGCUGACCAAAGUGCCCCUAAAGCACCCAAAAUGAAAAGGAAUCAGCCAACAGAAAUGGGCUGUAGUUCACCUAAUUUAAAGAGAGCUUCCAGGCUUUUGAAGUUUCCCGAAGAUGUUCGUUUCUCUGACCAAGUACCCUUAGAUCCAAUUGAACAUGAUUGGAUUGUGAAAACAGCCUUGGGACAAUGGACCCAAGUGUCGGGACUGCUGCUGAGAGACAGUUAUUUGGCUGAGAAGAAGGAUUUCAUGUCUGGCUUCACAGCUGUCCAUUGGGCUGCGAAAUCCGGCAACAGUGAAAUGAUGUGUUGGAUCAUUGAUACGGCUGAGCAACAUGGCAUCAAAAUGGAUGUCAACUCCAAAGCUUAUGGUGGUUACACUCCCCUGCACAUAGCUGCUAUACAUGACAAGGAGAAUAUCAUUGUUGAACUGGUACAAAACUAUGGAGCAAAAACAGCUCUAAGGGACUAUAGUGGCAAGCGGCCAUACCAUUACUUAAAUAAGAAUAAUUCCAUCAAAGUGAAGCAACUGUUAGGAGACCCAGACAGUUUCACCAGUGAAUCCAUUCCUUACAAAAGGGGGUCAAAGGUGGCAUCUUCCAUCCUGAGCAGCACAAACACACUGCUGGGUGCACUAGCUGAUGAUAUAAGCUUCCAGGAGUUUUCUAAAUCACUGAAAAAACCGCCUAAUUUCAGCAAAUUCUUUACAGCUCCAACUGGACACAAGAAAAGAACUAAAAUGCGAGCGAACUUUGCAUCACUGAAUGAAGAGGAAGAAGAAAAAGAGAUUGUUCUGAAACGUCGACCUGUGACUGAAGUGUUUUACUAACUUCUUUCCGUAAUUUUUAAAAGGAUUACAAUGGAUUGGUGGGGAACUAGUUCUAUUGCUGUGUUAAUAUAUUAGGUGGUCUUUGGGUGAUUUUGUGGGUCAAAAUGUAAUCUUUUGAACUAACUAGUGUUUAAAAAAUUAUUAUUGUGCUGCAGUUUAUACAAAGCAGCAUCUAAUGUUAAAGUUGUUUCAUUUCUAGAAGGUUUAUUUUAUACUCAGUUGUUUAUUUGCUCCAUGUACUGCAUGUGUGGGUCACGGGUCAGAAUUAUUGCAGUGAAGUUACAAUGAAGCCCUAUUGAUUUCAGUCAGGCAGGUGCUGCUUUUUCUUAGCUCAUUUCUCAUUAGGUCAGCAGUUUUUCUGGUGGGCAGGGUGUGUCUGGCAUCAGUUGUUGUAAAAUAUUGUUUUGAGUUCAUGAUGUGGGAUGAUUAAGGGUCAUAAAUUUGGUUACAACCCAGGGUACUCAACUCCAGUGUGAUUCUGUUAUUCCAUUUGGGGAUAUUUUUCUUGUUUAAAUAUUGAAUUUUUAGCUGCACAAUGACUGUCCCAAAAACAUUUGCAGUCACAUUAGCAUGCAAAUGCAUCAUGGUCAGGCAUCUAGAAUAUUUAAAUGAUUAUGUUCCUGUGAGAUACCUGUUACUUAGGACCAAAACAGUAAUCAGAGGUCAGUCUUCUCCUUUGUUCCCACUCUCCCCUUCCUAAGACACUGCAACCUACUGCAUUUUCUUUGCCUUGAAGGGCUUUACUAAACUUGAAGUCCCCUACAACUUAAGGGCCUUCAGCUCAUUUUACUGUGGUAACAUUUUCUUGCUUUACUGUAAUUUUAAAACACUAGUUUGUGACUGUUCCUUACUACACUUAAAUGUGGUAACAAACUCAACCAUAUUAUCGUCGUGAUUUGACAAUUCUUCCUUACUUGUCAGAUUGUUUCUUUUUAUGGUUGUUUGUUCCUCAUUACUAAAUCCAGUAUGUCCUGUUCCCUUGUCAUUUACAAGAUUUCUAGAAAUUGAAGAAAAACUAAAGGACAGGUUUCAGAAGCUUUGUUCAAAUAAAGUUUAUUUGUAUUUUC